AAGAAGUCGACGGUGUCCACUGUCUACAGGCGUUGAGUUUAGACGGAGAAGGAGCACUCCAGAGGAGGACAUUCCGUCGGGGACAACCAGGGGAGAAAUGGAUGCCUUCGGUGGUUUUUUCGUUGACGAGAAAGCAGUUCGUGUAGAGAACAUAUUCUUAGAGUUCCUCAAGAGCUUCAAGGUAGACCCCAACUCGGGGGAGCCGUUCUAUGAAUCAGAGAUCGAAGUCAUGAAAGCCAAGGAAUCGACUACGAUGUUCGUGGAUUUCUCUCAUGUAAUGCGCUUUAACGAUGUUCUUCAAAAGGCCAUUUCUGAGGAGUAUCUGAGAUUUGAGCCCUAUAUGAAGAAUGCUUGCAAGAGGUUUGUGAUGGAGCAGAAGCCGACUUUCAUUGCUGAUGAUAACCCUAAUAAAGACAUUAAUGUUGCCUUCUACAACAUUCCUAUUCUAAAGAGAUUGAGGGAUUUGUCAACUGCCGAUAUUGGAAAGUUAGUCUCAGUGACAGGGGUAGUAACUCGUACGAGCGAGGUUCGGCCCGAGCUUCUGCAAGGGACAUUCAAAUGCCUGGACUGUGGACACGUUAUUAAGAAUGUCGAACAGCAAUUUAAAUACACCGAGCCAAUAAUCUGCGCGAAUGCGCUCUGUGCAAAAAGGACAAAGUGGGCAUUGCUUCGCCAAGAGAGCAAAUUUGCAGAUUGGCAGAGGGUUCGGAUGCAAGAGACCUCGAAAGAGAUACCAGCAGGCUCUCUUCCACGAUCACUGGAUGUUAUCCUGCGUCAUGAGAUUGUCGAGCAGGCCAGGGCUGGUGACACGGUCAUUUUCACGGGUACUGUUGUCGUAAUACCUGACAUAAUGGCAUUAGCGUCACCGGGUGAGAGAGCUGAGUGCCGCCGAGAAGCUUCCCAGCGUCAGAAUUCUUCUGCUGGAAAUGAAGGUGUUAAGGGUUUACGGGCAUUGGGAGUGAGAGACCUUAACUAUCGCCUUGCCUUCAUUGCCAACUCAGUGCAGGUGGCUGAUGGCAGAAGGGAUAGUGACAUUAGGAAUAGAAAGAAAGAUGCGGAUGAAGAUGAUGAUCCGCAAUUCACAGCAGAAGAACUAGAUGAAAUCCAGAGGAUGAGGAAUACUCCUGAUUUCUUUAAUAAGCUUGUUGAUAGCAUUGCUCCAACUGUUUUUGGUCACCAAGAAAUCAAGCGAGCUAUCCUGCUUAUGCUCUUGGGUGGUGUCCACAAGUUCACUCAUGAAGGCAUCAACCUGAGAGGUGACAUCAAUGUUUGUAUUGUUGGAGAUCCUAGCUGUGCAAAAUCUCAGUUCCUCAAGUACACCUCGAGUCUAGUUCCAAGAUCUGUCUAUACAUCUGGAAAAUCCUCUUCUGCUGCAGGGUUGACAGCAACUGUGGCCAAAGAACCUGAAACUGGAGAAUUUUGCAUUGAGGCUGGUGCACUGAUGCUUGCUGAUAAUGGCAUAUGUUGCAUCGAUGAAUUUGACAAGAUGGACAUCAGAGACCAGGUUGCCAUUCAUGAAGCAAUGGAACAGCAGACCAUAAGCAUCACAAAAGCAGGAAUUCAAGCAACACUGAAUGCUCGAACUUCAAUUUUAGCUGCUGCCAAUCCCACUGGUGGGCGCUAUGAUAAAUCGAAACCACUCAAGUACAAUGUAGCUCUCCCUCCUGCCAUACUUUCAAGGUUUGAUUUGGUAUAUGUCAUGAUAGACGAGCCAGAUGAUCAAACAGAUUACCAUAUUGCCCACCAUAUUGUGAGAGUACAUCAGAAGCAUGAAGAUGCACUUGCUCCAGCGUUCUCGACUGCACUAUUGAAGCGUUAUAUUGCUUAUGCAAAGACUUUGAAGCCGAAGUUAAGCUUAGAAGCCAGGAGACUGCUGGUGGAUUCUUAUGUUGCUCUUCGUAGGGGUGAUACAGCUCCUGGGAGUAGGGUUGCUUAUCGAAUGACAGUUAGGCAACUUGAGGCAUUAAUAAGGCUGUCAGAAGCAAUUGCUCGAAGUCAUCUUGAACUUCAGGUUGAACCACGCCAUGUCCGUAUAGCAGUGAGGCUUCUAAAGACAUCUGUAAUCAGUGUUGAAUCCAGCGAGAUUGAUCUGUCUGACUUUCAAGAAAAUGGUGAUGGUGGUGAUGAUGGGAAUAGAGGUCCUGAACAGGGUGAUGCUCAGCCAAGUACUAAUGCAGCGGAUCCAGCUUCUGGAAAUGCAGAAAAUGAGGUAGGAUCUGGAAGCCAACAAAGGAAGAAACUAGUGAUAAGUGACGAAUAUUUUCAGCGAGUUACUCAGGCUCUUGUGAUGCGACUUAGACAGCAUGAAGAAACUGUGAUGCAAGAUGGGACUGGUUUGGUUGGUAUGAGGCAGAGGGAUUUAAUUCAGUGGUAUGUUGCUCAGCAGAAUGAGAAAAACAACUAUAGUUCCAUGGAGGAGGUGACAAGUGAGGUCACAAAAAUUAAAGCUAUAAUAGAGAGUCUGAUACGAAGGGAGGGUCAUCUGAUAGUUGUAGAUGAUGGUAGGCAAGCAGCAGCAGAGGGUGAAGAAACAAGGCAAUCUAGAAAUGACAGAAUUUUAGCUGUGGCUCCAAAUUAUGUGAUUGAUUGAUUGGAUGACAUUUGGCAAAACAAUUCAUCCAUGGCUAAUUUCAGCUGUGCAGAGCUGCAUGAAAGUAACAUAUGCCCAUCUCUGGUCGGUUGCUUGAGACUAAUGAUCAUGUCUUGGAAAACCGAAGAGUGCAACUACUCCAGUGGUUUAGUCAACCUCAGUCCCAAGACCGCCCAAGCAAACAAGUUUCACAUGCUAAUGUACACUUUGUUACUAGACCUCAGAAUGCUUUGUUAUUUCUUCAUUGCUAUUAUUAUUGAAUUUGUUGUUAAUUUUGGUUUCUGAUGGUCAGUGAAAGUGAAGAAGAGGUCAAUCUCUUUGGUUGUAUUCUGCUAAAAGCAUCUUCUAGUAUAAUUAAAGAGGAUAUUUACUUGCUUUGGUCUCA